AUGUCUCCACCUCCACUAUUACUAUCUCCACUACCUCCUCACCGCAGUAAGCCUCCUCCACCUUCUAUAAGGCCCCCACCUCCUCCUUACCAAAACAAGUCUCCACUUCUACCUUUACCAUCUCCACCACCUCUUUACCAUAAUAAGUCUCCUCCAGCUCUAGAAAGGCCACCACCUCCUCCAUAUCGCAACAAGUCUCCACCACCUCCUUACCAUAUUAAGUCUCCUCCACCUCCGGUAAGGACCCCACCUCCUCCAUACCGCAACAAGUCUCCAUCUCCACCACCUCCUUACCGCAAUAAGUCUCCUCCACCUCCGGUAAGGCCCCCUCCUCCUUCAUACCACAACAAGUCUCCACCUCCACUAUUUCCACCACCUCUUUUCCGUAAUACGUAUCCUCCAUCUCCUCCUGUAAAGUCCCGACCUCCUCCAUACUACAACAAGUUUCCACCCCCACCUUCACCAUCUCCACCACCUCCUUACUAUAAUAAGUCUCCUCCACCUCCUAUAAAGUCUCCACCUCCUCCAUCUAAAUUCCAUUUUCCUCCAUUUCUACAUAUACCACCAUUAUUUCCACGUGUACCAUCACCUCAUACCUAUUAUAAGUCUCCUCCACCUCUAGCGAAGUCCCCACGUCGUCCACCUAUAUUUCAUCUUCCACAUCUACCACCAUUAUUUGCACGUGUACCAUCCCCUCAUACUUAUUAUAAGUCUUCUCCAGCUCCGGUGAAGUCCCCACGUCGCCCACCUAUUUUUCAUCUUCCGCCGUUUCCACAUCUACCGCCAUUAUUUCCAUAUAAACCAUCACCUCGUACCUUUUAUAAGUCUCCUCCACCUCCGGUAAAGUCCCCACGUCGUCCACCUGUAUUUCAUCUUCCGUGGUUUCCACAUCUACAACCAUUAUUUCCACAUGUAUCAUCACCUCAUACCUAUUAUAAGUCUCCACCUCCAGUAAAGUCCCCACAUCGUCCAUCUAAAUUUCAUCUUCCACCAUUUCAGCAUCUACCAUAGCCCUGUCAUCCAUACCCAUUGAAGUCUCAUGGUUAUUACGAUACAUCGCCUCAUCUUCCGUUGCACUAACAGAUCAAGUUUUAUAAUAAUUGCAAGAUGUUGCAACCCAGCCAAUUGGAAGUGCACGAUCAAUUAGUGGUUCUCUUUCGAGAGAUUUGCUUAUUGAGGUUGUAUUGGUUUUUCCUUUUAUUAAUAACUUAGUAUAUUCUAAACAAUAAGGAUCACAAGAAAAUCAUUUCUAUUAUUGGUAGUUUUGAUACUCAUGUGUAUUUUCCUUUUCUAUGCUAAAUAAGUGAAUUUCUAUGAAAUAUUUAGUGUUAUUUAUUUUCUAAA